AUGGCAGACUCGCGCGAGAGUCCAGCGUCAGACCCGGAUUGUUGUGAUCUCACCGUGAGCGAGUCACUGGCUCCUCACCGAGAUACCAAAACCGCAGUGGUCACAUCAAUCUCAUUUGAUGGACUCCUCAAAGAACCCCUGCUCCUGAAGGAAGAUCUCAAAGAGGGAUGUGGAGGUCAAUUAUGGCCCGCGGGUAUGGUCCUAGCCAAGUAUCUCUUAUGCCAACACAGGUCGAAUCUUUCCGAUAAAACCAUUGUCGAACUUGGAGCCGGGGGUGGUCUCGUUGGACUCGCCGUUGCCCGUGGGUGUGAAAUUGGACAGCCACCGAUCUAUGUCACGGAUCAAGAACCCAUGCUACCCUUGAUGGAAGCCAAUAUUCAACUAAACUGCCUCUCCUCGACUGUGUCCGCGACUGUUUUCAACUGGGGAGAACCCGAACCAGAAAAUUUCCCAGAGCCGGAUGUCAUCCUCGCGGCCGACUGUGUCUAUUUCGAACCGGCGUUUCCUCUUCUGAUCUCCACGCUCAAGGGUCUCCUGGGCCCUCGCUCGGUGUGCUAUUUCUGUUUCAAGCGACGCAGACGUGCUGAUCUACGAUUCAUGAAGAUGGCAAAGAAAGUAUUCGAUAUCCAAGAGAUCGAUGACGACCCCGAUGCGAAAACCUACAACCGAGAGAAUAUCUUCCUCUACACCCUCCGCGCCAAAUUCCCCAGAGGCCACCAAAAGUCAUCACCCUAG